AGCCAAAAUAAACAUCAUUUUUGACUAAUAAGUUUCCUACUGUGAACACGUUCCGCUACUACUUACUAGCAUUUCAUUUCACUUCACUCCUGGAACUCGGAAACAAAGAACAAGGAAAAAUGCAGAACGCAACUCGAUUAGAAGCAGAACGGUUACUUGGAAUAUCAGAGAAGCUCUUACAGAAUCGAGAUCUAAUGGGUUCUAAAGAAUUCGCAAUCUUAGCUCAAGAAACGGAACCUCUUCUGGAAGGUUCCGAUCAGAUCUUAGCCAUUAUCGAUGUUCUCAUCGCCUCUGAGAAACGCAUCAACAACAGCCCUGACUGGUACUCUAUCCUUCAAAUCGAUCGCCGAUCCGACGACAGUGACCUCAUCAAGAAACAGUACCGCCGUCUCGCUCUUCUUCUACAUCCGGACAAAAGCAGGUUUCAUUUCGCUGAUCAUGCUUUCAAGCUUGUUGCUGAUGCUUGGGCGGUUCUCUCCGAUCCAAUCAAAAAGUCUCACUAUGAUAAAGAGUUUUCGUUUUACUCUCGGGUUGAUUUAUCUGUUCCCGGUUGGGUUCAGCAAGAUAAGGUGCCAGGGCCGGUUCGAAGAACCGGUCCUGGCCCCAGCCCCGUACCUGGACCGGAAAUUGGAACCGGUCCACGGAACAGUGCUGCUUCUGCUAGAGAUGGAAUAGCUGCUGAUGAAAACGCGCGUCGUAGGAACGCUACUUUUUGGACUGCUUGUCCUUACUGUUAUCGUUUGUAUGAGUUCCCUAGGGUUUACGAGGGUUUCUGUUUGAAAUGUCCUAAUUGUGAAAGAUCUUUUCAUGGUGUUAAUAUUCCGUCUUUGCCUCCGUUAGUUCCGGGACAAGAUGCUUAUUAUUGUUGCUGGGGUUUUUUUCCAAUGGGUUUUGUGCUUGGGAAUGUUGGUUCAGAGGAGAAAAAGCCUGAGAUGGUUCCUGAAGCUGUGCCGGAGCCAGAGACGGUUCCGGUGCCAAUAUCAGUUCAGCCUGCUUCUGUUCAGCCUGCUCCAGUUCAGCCUGCUUCGUUUCAGUAUGCUCCUGCUUCGUCGCUGCCGAAUUGGAUGCCGGCGCCUGUACCAGUGGAGAAUGGUGGGAACAAUGUAAUGCCGGUGGCACCGAUGGAAGUUGUGGUUGCUACGCCUGCAAGGGUGACGACGAGAUCAGCUGCUGUAACAGGGGUUGUUUCGAAUGGUGUUGCUGCCAGGGGUUCGGGAUCUGGUAAGAAGCGUGGAAGGCCGAGGAAGUAUUAUUAAUGUGCAUAUUUGGGAAACAAUAAAAUCAAGGUGGACCUGAAUCAAGAAUGUUAGAAAGUGCAAUUGCAUUCGGGUAUUUUUGGGUUGGAAUUUGUAAGUUAUUUGAUAGUUUUAGUUAAAAUUUGGAAGCUGUUUUGGAUGGAUAGUAUGUAGGUACUGUUAUUCUGUUGUUUAAUUAUUACUUGUUUAUGUAGAUAUAGUUAACUUAAUUGGUUAAUUAAUAUUUGGAUUGAUUCACCA